AUGGCGGGUCUGACAGGGCUGUUGGUGUUGUUAAUACAGCCCCGAAGUUGUGACACGAAUGCAGUGACUUGUGAUGAUGUGCAUGUGGACUUUACUCGGCAAGAAUGGGGUUUGCUGGAUCCUUCACAGAAGAGUCUUGACAGCAACAUGAUGCUGGAGAACCUUACUGCUAUAGGCUACAAUUGGGAAGACCAAAAUAUUGAAGAACAUUGUCAAAGUUCUAGAAAGCAUGGAAGGUAAUUUUCAUGUGCAAGUUGGUGUGAAUAUGCCUCUGAAGA